GCCACCCAGGCCUGCUCUCGGGACCCCUCGCAGCCGGCAUGAGGAGGUGCUCGAGCCCCCUUCUCGGGGUAAGAGGCCGGGGUGCCGGGUCGGGGGCACUGCCCGGGGGCCGCUGCGCCGGCCGGUGUGGGCUGCUCCGGGGGUGCGUGCGCGGUGGGCUGUGCGGGCCCCUUGCGCCCAGGGCUCGGGCGCCGCAGACAGAGCGGUUGGCGUCGGCGCGCCCACGUGCUUCCGGCGUGUGCGGGCCAUCCUUCGUCCUUUGUCCCUUGUCCCUUGUCCCGGGUGCUGGGAGCACGUCCGGCAUCACCGCUGGGCGCCUUGUGUCCUGCAAACGUCACGACCUCCCUGAGAGGAGGAACAGCGCCCUGGGGGCUACCUAACUUGUGCUGCUGUCUGCUGCCCGUCGUUGGAAAAUAGCUUUCAGCCUGUUUCUGAGCGUGGCCAUCUCGGUCAGGGUAUCGCUGUCAGCUGGGCACCUUCCGCAGGACGCCCCCGUGCCCCCCACCGCCCACUGAUGGCUGGGCCCCUCCGUGCACUCAGCCAUGGAUGGCUUCCUCCCUCCGUGUCCCCAGUGGUCGUGACUCUGUCACCAGACACCAGUGUGCCUCCAUCCCAGGAGCAGUGUCCCUGACUUCCCGGGCUGACCCAAGGCCCGGGGGUGCUGCCGUCGCCAUCAGGCACUGUGGAGCUACACAGGGUGCAGUAGCCCUGCGGGCAGCCCCAGAAAGUCACCUGUUAGGACCCAGUGGUGCAGAGCACUCACCAGGCAGAGGGGACUUGACUUUUUUGGUCCUGGGGAAGAGGUGGAACCAGUCAGAUGUCCAGUCCAAGCAGAGUCCCUAAGGACACCAUAGCUGUGGGAUCCCAGAUUCUAGUGAGCCCUCCACUCCCAAGGCCCAUGGUCAGAGAGGAAUGGAAAGGUGGGGCACAGGUAGGGGAGGAGGUGAGGCGGGUGCAGGUGGGCAGAGGUGAGAAGGGGGGUGACACUGGAGGGGGGAAGAGCCGCUCUGUGGUUGCUGUGGGGCCCAAGGUAGAGGCUUCAUCACCGGGACCAGGCUGAGGUCCCAGGAGCCCAGGGGAAGGUGUUAGGCCAACAGUGCAGGCCCGGCUGUCCGACCCCUCCAUCUGCUGACGUCUGCUCGGUCCAGGGGGCAGGGCCCAUGCAGAGGGCAGGUGGGCUCUCCAGACCUCUGGGGUCCCUCCUCAGCUCCUUGGCCUGUGCAGACUUCGUGCAGAUGGGACGUGGUCCCCAAAUCUGGACAGCUCUGCACAGGACAGAGCACUCCCAUGACUAGGCAUUCACGUGGUGCCGUCUGGGCCCAAGAGUCCAGUCAGUGUCCACCCCCUCCCUGCACACUCACCUGCGGAGGCUGAAGACACAGCCCGUGGAGGAGUGAGUGUGGAUAGAUCAGACCCCACGUGUGUCCCCGACUGGACACUCAGGUCCCACUGACUCCGUGCAUCCUGGGCUCCAUGUGGGGUUCAGCAGCCCGUCUCAGCCCUGCUUGCAGACCUGCUCCCCCCAACUUAUGCUGUCCCCUUCUUACAGAGGCCCAGCCUGCCUGCACCCCACACACCGGGAAUGUGGGUCCCUAACCUCUGCUAGUCUCUGCUCAGUGACAGGCUGCCUCAGGAGAUGAAGAGUGGUGUGCUGCUCAGCCGAGUUGGCCUGGACCCGUGGGGUCACCCCCAUAGAGCAGGGGCCCCAGGACAUGGGAGCAGAGGGGCCAAACCCUAGGAGUCUCUGUGGGGUGUGGCCUCGUGGUCAAGGACAUUCCCAGGAGGGGCGGGGGCCUGGUGGGGGCUGCAUCCUGUCCUUUCCUGCGUCUCCGAGUAGGGGGCCUCGGGACCUUUGGGGACCAGGGAGCCACAUGGAGCCUGCGUCUCCUCACCCCCACCCCAGGCACCGGUCUGGCAGCCUGCAGGGACCAGCUCUCGGUGGCCCCAGCCGAGGAUUUCCACAUUUGCUGCCCCUGAGGCCCCAGGCUUGUGACCAAGGGGUCUGCUGGGAGACUGUGGAGGUCCUCUGGGCAGCAGGGUACGGGGUCUGGCUGGAGUCCUCAGCCGAGCAGCUCCAGAGGUGCACCGGGGUGUCUGGUGGGCUGUCCUCGCUAACGAAUGGGAACCAGCUCUGCCGUGUGGUUCCCUGGGGACGGUCCAGGCAGCCCAGCCAGCCUCGGGCGUGUGGUGCCGCCACCAGCCGACCCCAAGGGCCAGCCCAGAGCCUGUGGCUGCGUCGGAAGCGUCGGUGGCCCAGAGCUCACUCAGCAGAGCAGACGUGCCCCACACACCAGCCCGGUGAGGGAAGGGAGAGUGGCCAGAUCCCCUGCAGGCGUCCGCGGGCAGAGCAGAUGGGCUGACGCUGCAGGCAGGGGGGAGGCCACAGGAGCUCCUAUGAGGGCCCCACAGGGUCUCCCCACUCCCUUUCCUGGGCAUGUCCUCCAGGCCUUGAGCAUCGGCCUUGGGAAACCCUGUGCAUCCCGGAGGCAUGAGCUGACCCGGGAGCAGAGGAACCUCAGAGCCAUGUCCUUUGGGGAAGGUUCCAGAAGGGCUGGGAAGGAGGCAGGCAGUGGCACGUCCACGGUGGCUCACCUUUCCCACAGCCUUGGUGGCCGUCUGCCUGUUGACCCACUGGGGACAGGUGAUGGCGACUCUUCCUCCCAUCACCUUUCUCUCCUUCCUCCAGGCCGCCGCGUGCAGGCAUUUGCACACGUGUGCGGACCUGCAGUCAGAGCUCACGCAUGUGUGCACAGAUGGGCUGCACACGCACUCUCAGGUGAAACUCAGGCUCCCCACAGGUGGUGGGAGAUGGCUCAUUCCAAGGACAGGUGCUCCGGACAGGCCCCAAGACCCUGUGUGCAGCAGGCACGGGCAGCCCAGCACCGAGGCAGGGGGAUGGGGUCCUGGUAGCCCCCGUGGGGCACUGGCAUCACUCGUGUGAGCACCAGGAAGGGAGCCCAUCUGGUUGCUCUUCCCGUCCUGGGUGAGGCUUGGCCCCUGGCUCCUGGGCACAGCGGGCUCCCUAAUGCGGAGCACGGGGCUGCCUGGGACCCCGGUGUCUCUGUCUCAGCUCCCGGCAGGGGAAGCGGUCUGGUGAGCGGGCCGUGGUGGCCCGAGCCCACAAGGUCAGGACCUGGCCACCCUGAGUUGCGACAGCCACGGGGGCCCCUCCCAGGGGGCAGGCCCGGGCCCUUGCCCGGAUGGGCUUGCUGGUCAGCUUGGAGCACGCGGUGGGGGACCCAUGCCCUCGUCCCUGAGGGGGAAAUAGCGGGGUCCCGAGGGAUGGGCCGGAGGACACUGGGAGGCCUCGAGGAGCCUGUUAAAAACUGGUUUUGUCUGGCCUUGUGAGGACGGCGGUGUGGGGCGGGGACGGGCGUGUCCUGGGCUGUGGGGUCUCGGGCCACGGUUUUUCCAAGUGGCAGCCACGGCAGAAGGGCCUUUGCCUCAUGGGAGCCACAGAAGCAGGACGGCCAGGCCGGUGGAGGGGCGCCCUCUCUCUGUUUGCGGGCGGUCGCCAUGGCGGCGCGGGCGGCGCGGCCGGGCCCUGCGGGCUCUGUUUGGGGCCGGUCGCCAUGGCGGCCCUUGUUUGUUUUGAUGUUACCAUGUGGUGGAGUUUCUCGCAGCUCCGCGUGGUCCUGACAGAACACUGUUGUCACUAUUGUUACCGAGACAAAGGCUUCUGCGCCCGCCCGGCCAGAGCCACAGCCCGUCCGUCUGAGAUACUAAUUAGCCCAGCCUCGGCGUGCACAGCGGGAACGUCCCGACAGACGGGUCCCCACCACGAUGUGCCCCCUCCCAUCCUGCCUGCGUGCUCGCAGCCAGGCACAGGUGGAGAGGCCUGGCCCAAGGGCACAGGGCGUGGUGGGCGUCCCUGCUGCAGCCUCUCCUGGCCACACACACGCCUGUUUGCUGGGUGCUGUGGGUUCAUGGAGGGACACAGAGCCGGCGCCUGAACCGGUUAGGGAGAAGGAGGCUGGGUGGGUUCCCUGGGGCCCGUCUGCCACCGACCUUCUCCCUUCUUGCCACACACCCCAUGCCCCUGCCAGGACACGGUGGGAACCGUCUCAGGCAGGGAGCUGGGACAGCAGACCUGAGCCUUCGGCCUAGAGCACAGACGCCGUCCCCCGCCGUCCAGCACCUGCGGAGAGGCCCCCCCAGGACAGCACGAUGGUGGGCUGGGUGUGCCCACAGGGGAGAGCUGGCAGAGCUGGUGUGUCAUGAUGUCGAGACGAUGGCCAGGGACAGAGCUAACCCUCACCCACGCCGCGUCUGCUCAGGGCCUCCGCCACAUUGGGCCUUUCCUGCCCUGGGCUCCUCCUGACAGGCUAGGGGGCAUUCAGGGUCAGCGGGGAGGUCAGAGCAGCCGUCUGGUCCAGUCCUCCUCUGUGGGGCCCUCUCGUGGCCCCAGGGGCAGUACGAGCCCCUGCAGUGGGUGGCCUGGCGCGUCUGUGGUCGAGGGUCAAGGCCACAGAGAACAGGAAUCAGGGAGUUCCUGGCCCACAGCUCCCUCUCCAGGUUGAUGAGGGUGCUGGGUCCCAGUGCAUGACGGCCUUCUAAGAGGAUGACCUUCCCCAAACACCAGAAAUGGCUUAGUGGCCUCGGUGCAGCUGUCCCCUCAGCCCCCCGCACCCCCUCCUGCCCCGCCACAGCCAGGAUGGCAGUUAGGAGUGGGUGGGGUGGGGGAGCCGCCCUCCCAGGGCAAGCCCAGCCCCAGGCACCCGCACGAAGAAAGCACAACGUUCGGGGGACGCUAGGGUGGUUUUGCCUACCUGGGGAGAGGGAAUGCAGAGUUGGGGCCACAGCUGCCCCUUUAGGCAGGUUCAGGGCCUGCACAUGCCCCUACAGACCCCCAGCAUCAUGGUCGUCAGUGGCAGGGGGAGCCCGGGGCCAGAGCGAGGGAACCACUGUGUGCCAGGAGGGUCUGACUGCCAUCGGUGGUCCCCCUGGAGCACCUGGCCUGGGAGCUGCUCUAGGCCACCUGCACAGCGAAGCUCCCCCGGCUCCCCUGACCCCUGCUGGGAGCAUCUCAGAGGCCCCUUCUUCCCACGGACUUCAUCAGGGCCUGGAGUGGAUUCCCACUGGCAUCCAGGCCCGCCAGGUGGCUGUCCGGACGGGUCCGGACAGGGCCCUGGCUUUGCUGCUCGGGGGGGCAAGGAGACCUAGCAGCUUUCUCCCAACCCUGAGCGGCCCGCUGCCUGUGAUGACCCAGCCGCCGAUCAGAGAGGUGCCCCCAGGAGGGCCCUCGGUCCCAGUUUGCAGAGGUGCUGGUGAGGAGGUGGUGGCCCAAAGCUCGGGAGCCUUCCCGGUGUUGGCCCGGGUGGCCUGCACAUGCAUCUAUCUUUGGAGGACUGCACUGGUCCCCUGCCUGGCUCCCUGAUGCCCUUGGUGUUCCUGGGUUACCUCUGGUACUGGCAGGGUCCAGCCCCCUGCCCACCCGGAGUUAGGUCUGGAGGCCUGGGGGACACAGGGCUGGGGAAGCCAAGUGAAACCCCAGCUCACAGGGCCUUGUUAUGACCAGUGACCCUGUUACUCCUAGGCUGGCUUUCCAGCAGGGUGCUGGCCGGCCGGGCUGGAGCCGGGAGGAGGGGGGUUCAUUGUGGGGACACCCUCUAGUUGUGUGAGCUCCGGAGAACAGGAUCACUCUGUGUCCAGAGAGCGUGUGAUGUGAUCAGUGUCUCUGGGGAAGAGACAGGCAUUGUCAUUCUAGAACUUGCUGGGGACAGCGCUCUGCAGGAGGGCACUGGGGCCCCUGGGGAGAACUCCCUGUGGGGCAGCCACGGUGGGGACACUUGGGGACACCCAGCCCAGCCAGGUGGAGUGGCAAGACAGCCGUAGGCCUGCAAGUCCACCAGCUCUGAAUGUGGCCUCUGACGGGAGCCCCCGUGAGCCAUGCCCCCCGCCCCCGGCCCCAGUGACUCACACUGGUGGCGCCUGGUGCCGCGGGGCCCAGAGAGGGCUGUGUGCUCCGGCGGCCAGGCCCCCACAUGCGACCCGGGCAGGGUGUGAAUGGGAGACGGGAGCGCCUUGGAUGGCCCAGGACAAACAAACAGGGCCUCAGCCAGGGCACGCGGGGUUCUCUGUGCGGGCAGCAGCUCUGGGGACCGUGCGGCCCGGGCCAGUUUGCUCAGAGGCUGACUGCUCUGGGAGCAGAACCCACCACCCACUGCUGGACUUGAGGAAGCCCCGCGUCCACCAGGUCCCCAGACCCUGCUGUGAGGUCACAGCCAGGGCUGUGCCCUUCCAGACUGUGGGUCACCAGUCAGCACAUCCCGUGUCAUGGGCCCGCGAGCCCCCGUGCGUGCCUUCAGACCCCAGCUAUGUAGUUCGCCUGGGUCUCCGGGUGGCUUCUCCCACACAGGGCCCAGGUGUGGGGCAUGGGGGCCAGGACUGCAGAACCCCAACAGCGGUGUCCGAGCACCUGGUGGCCCGCAGCCUCGCGCUGUCACUGCUUUGGUCCUGGCGGCCGGCCGGCGGGCGUUCGGGGGGCCUCACGGCAGCUCUCCCCGGCGGCCGGCUCGCAGUGGGGCUCGCAGUGGGGCUCGCAGUGGGGCUCGCAGUGGGGCCCGCCGCUGGCAUCUUCCUGCACAACGUGGCUCGGAAUCCGCUUGGAUUUUGUACUGGGUUUUCCUGCUGCUGAGCCUGAAGGGGUGUCUUUUUCUGGUGUGUGUGUACGUUUCCCCCUGGUCUGUGGCUGGCCUUGGAACGAAAGACAUGGUUUUCAAAAUUUUGACGAAUUCCAAUUCCUUUUUUCUUUUAUGGACUGUUUUGGUGGUAUUUCUCAGAAAUCUCUGCCUCCCCCGAGGUCAGAGUUGUUCUCUGAGGUACUCAGGGAAGCGUAGUUUAGGAUCUAGGAUGAACCCAGGGCUAGCGGCUGCAAGGCACCGCUCAGAGCUGGGCGGCCAGCUGUCGUCCCCCACCGGACGGUCUUUGCUCCUCUUUGGGAACCCCCGUGUGGCUGUGUCCUGGGGCUGUGGCUCUCAGUCCCUCAGCCUGCUCUUGGCUGUUCUGGGCCCUCUGCAGAGCCGCCUGCCGGGUACUAUGGGGCCGUCCCACCCAGCACGCUGCUUGACAGGGUGUCAGGGAGGACAGGGUGGACAGGGUGUCUGUGGGGAGCCGCCUGCACGGGACCUCUCUGAAUGGGUCAGCACGGGAAAGCCAGUUGGGAGUAGCAAACGUGGUUUUUAGCUAAAACUGUCAAAACGCGGAGGCAGUUCAGAAGCCUUAUGUGAUCUCGUGAAUGGCCCACUGCGGGGGGACCAACAUGGCUGCACCUGCCCCCAGCUCCCCUUUGUGCCCCUCAGGGGGGUGGCCCUGGCCUGGCCCCGAGCGGCUUCCAGGCAGGGGCCUUGGGGGUCCUGCGAGUCAGAGCCAGGCCCUGAGCCCACGUCACUGGGUGUCCUGGGGAGGCGCCUCCCCCCCCCACCCCAUCCCUGCGUGGUCACGGCCCCAGGCAGGACUUGGCCCCUGUUAUGGUUCAGGUGCCAAGCACGUCGUGCCCUGACUGUCCCUCCUGCGUCGGGUGGACGCCACACGCCCCGUUUGAGAACCAGAUGGCAGGUCUGUUUUGACGUCAGUCGUUCAUAAAGGAUGUGGCUCCUUGAAACUUUUUCCAAGACAACUUAUAUUUGGUGCGGUUGCCAUGGCGACCGGCUGUCGGGCAUAAACAGUGCACCACAGGGAGGGGGAGGGGCAGAUUCUGUAUUUUUACGGUGCACACGAUUUCCGCUAUGGGAGAGAGGCGGGGGCUCCCCGAUGUCAGUGGGGCCCUGGAUGGGGGUUCCCCGAUGUCACCAGGCCCCUGGAUGGGGGAGGGGCCCCCCCGACAUCACCAGGUCCCCAGGAAGGGCCGGGGUUCCCCGAGGUCAGCAGGUUCGCGGGGCGCUGCUGGGCAGGGCUGUGCCCCGUGGAGGGGAGCGGUCCUGGCCGGCCCUGAGUGCUCUCU